UACUUCCACUUCCAAUCGCGCCGGAAGGCGGCCAAUGGGGCGUACGAGGAUCCUCGGAGGGUGGUUUUUCGUGGGCCAGGACACCCCGGCUCGACCAUGGACCGGAGGAAGAAGCCUCUGGACGUCACGGCCUCCUCGUUGGUCGAUCUUAAAGCUGAACUUUUCCGAAAACAAGAAGAAUUCAAACAAGAAAAGCUUCUGAAAGAUGCUGGCGUUUUGGGGAAACCGAAAACCACUAACAAGAAACCAAGUAUCUGGAGCAAACAGAACACAGGAGUUUCCAAUCGAGCCGAGAAGGACGCUGAACAGAAGAUCGAGGAACAGAAGACGUUAGACAAAGCAAGGGAAAAACUAGAAGAAAAAGCCAAAUUAUAUGAAAAAAUGACCAAAGGAGACUUUAUCGACGAGGAAGUGGAGGACAUGUACCUCGUGGACUUCACGCAGAAGAUCAUAGACAGACGCAGAGAAAUGCAGGCGCUUGGUGCCAACAGGGACUCGCACCAGGCGGGAGAACGGGACGACGAGGAAGAAAGCCUCUCGGAGAAAGACAUUCCUCCUCCCCAAGACCCCAGCGAGGAAUGGGUGGAUUAUGUGGACUCUCUAGGGCGAUCCCGGCGCUGCAUGAGAAAGGACUUGCCGGACCUGCUGGAGAUGGACAAAAACCUGCAGGGGAGACUUUUCGUCAGCCCCGCCAACGAGAAGACCUUGUUGUCUGAAGAUAUGAGGAAAGAGCUCCAGCGCCAGCAGUGGGAGGACGAAGAGAGGGAGGCGCUGAGGAGGCCCGUGGGGCCCGUGCAUUACGAGGACAUUCGGGAAAAUGAGGCCCGGCAGCUUGGUGUUGGUUACUUUGCCUUCGCCCAAGACAAAGAGCUGAGGAACAAGCAGAUGAAGACUCUGGAGAUGCUGCGUGAACAGACAACAGAUCAGAGAACAAAACGAGAGAACAUAAAGGAAAAACGAAAGGCCAUGUUAGAAGCAAGACUCGCCAAACUUCGACAGAAAAAGAUGAAGAAAUCGAAAGAAGAUGGAGCAGAAGACGACGACAAAGGCGGAGAUGCCGUCGGACCUUUGCCUCCAGAACCAGAGGCUGCGCCCACGCCCCGCGCCACUGCCCAGAGCAGCAAAGUGGAGGUCAUCGUCCAGGAGCGGAAGGACACCAAGCCCGGAGUGCCCCACGUGCGGGAGUGGGACCGAGGCAAAGAGUUUUCCUUCGGGUACUGGUCGAAGAGGCAGUCGGAUCUCCGGGCUGAGAGAGACCCCGAGUUUGCCCCACCAUCGGAUUACUUUGCGGGACAAAGGAGACCCGCUUCCUCCAGUAGCCAGACGUGGAGCAGGCCGGGGCCGGCACUCGGCGACCCAGGGCAGCAGCGCUCUGACCAGGGCCACGAACCCAGCUUUUCCCAGGGGCCGUCCACCCCGGCCCCCGGCAGCCCACCUGCAGCGCCCCCGGUCACCUUCCAGACCCUGGAUGAUAUGAUAUCGUAUUACAAACAGGUGACAUGAUCGAGCGGACAGCCGACGUGAUCCAUCCGGUCGACGGCGCCCUCCUCCCCCAAAGACUGGGCUGUUCCGCGUGCUCCUGUCCUAGAAGGCACAGACUUCAGGUGCAUCUGUCUGCAGGGAGCAGCGGGAGCGGCACUGGGAGCCCUUGCCCUCUAGCUGUUCCUUACAAGUGUAGAGACGCACUUGUCCGCACUAGGAGCUGUGACAGUAACCCUCCCUCUAAAACUCGCACCGAGCCGUUUCCCCGGCUCACACCCACUCCACGACUGGCUCACGCUCGAGGCCCGCUCCGUUCCUUUGGCAGAUACUCACAUGCAGGUGUCCGUUCCAAAGGCCCAGCUUCCAGACCAGUAGGGGGAGCCUGGACCAGGAGGACUGUGCCUGGCACAUGGUGGCAAGCGAGGGGCCACUGCGGGAGGCAGGGCGGUGUGGAGUCCCGGAAGACCCUGGCGCUGGCAGUUAAUGGUAACAUUGGACACGCGGAGGGAGACCAGGGAGGAGCACGUGGUACCAGAAAGGGAGACGUGCAGUUAGUUACUUUACUGUCGUGCACCCGCUUCCGCCACGCCCCAGCCGAGCAGCACACGUGUGUGGAGUGACUGGGGCUUUUGGAGGCUGCGGGGCCUGGUCAGGGACGAGUGCUCCCAGGCCUUGAUAGAUAGCGCUCUUCAGCCCGUCCUGCCUCCCGGCCACUGCCACUUAGGUCCCCAGUCACAGGGGCCUCGGCUGGGUCAGACUUAGGCCUGCGUUGACUGGAACGGGGAGGCCCCCGUGUCGUUACUGGCUGGCAGGCCGGCACUGUGCUGGGCCCUCUGCCCGUCCCCUGCCCGGCACGCCUCAGCAUUCCCUUUACGCUGCAGGCAGGCACGCGGGACUUGUCACAGCCCCAUCUGCCAGCCCCAGGGUCCUGUAAGGACGUGGCAGCACAAGUCCUGGAGGUCUCCGAGGUAGGGGAGGGGUAAGAAAGUCCCACCUGCCCUGGCAUUGUCUGCUCCCCCACUGUGUGACAGGAGUGCCCCGUCCUUGUCUCCGAUGACCCUGGCGUGUGAGGAGGGUCAGCGACUGGUCUGAGGUCAUGUGGCACUCAGGCAGUGACGUCUGAUCUCCGGGCCCAUGCCUUUCCCAGUGCCCUCUGCUGUCUGGUCACCCCAGAGUCGAGCCACCUUGGCCAAGACCCAGAAUUCUUACAAACUGACCUAAACCCACAGCAAGGGCAGUGUUUAUCAGGCUUCAUGACCGCUCCGUCACCUAAUCAGGCACGUACCUCUGUUAAUAAAUGUACAUUCAAACCAGC